UAGCUUGUCGAGCCUUGGUCUUCGCCUCACAUAUUUACGAAACAUUUUAUCGCACAAUUUUUGAGAGUUUCACGUGGAAACUUACGUUCGAUGCUUAAUCGCAUCAAGAUUAAAAGUGAGAACAAAAAAGAUUUGCUAAUUAAGUUAAAACUUAUGUGUCAUGUAAUUUUGAAUAUAAUAUCAAUGACCUUUCCGGAGUGUUCUGUGCGUUGAAGGAAGUAUCGGGAAAGUAUCUCUAGAUUGUCUAGACGGUCAAUUGUCCGCUAUAUACGUACCGCUUAUUAAGUCACUCGAGAGAUGACUGUGUUGUCAAGGCAGCUUGCGUCUCGUGCAAAGUGCGCAGCAGCCAGUCUCGCCCCAAGUGUUAAUUGCUACGUCGAAUCGAGGUUAACCGACGCUUUUGCGAUCGACGUUGGCAUGCCCGCACGCCCGCUAGAAGGCAACAGCACCAGAUCUAUCGAUUUCUGAAAAUUGCAUACCCAUCUUAAAUUGCCUAUAAAAAUUGUAAUUCAGAUGGAAAGAUCGAGGAAUUUUUUUGAGAGAUUCGUGCUUAUUUUUUGCUAGAAACGCUCAAAAGUAACUAAUUAUGCAGAUAUUUCAAGAUAUUUCAAUAUUUCAUCGUGUCAUCAGAGUCGUAUAGAUGUCUCUGACUGUGUUUGGCGGUAUUUGGCGGUAUCGUACUUCAAGCGAAAGAUGAAUAACAGCGGAAAAUGGUUGGUGAAAAAAGUUGGUUUUUCCGCGUUCAUACUUGGGUAGUACUUCCAUUCUUCUUCUACGAGCUUUAUUUGUUACAUUCAUCUGUGAUACAUGUUUGCAUCCGUUCCACACGAUAUUGAGACUUAACCUAUCGAGAUGAACGACGGCAUGGAAAAAGGAGUCAUCUCCCACAUAUAUUUGGAGAAUUUUGUGACUUAUGACAAAGUCACUGUGAAACCUGGAAGAUAUCUCAAUGUCAUCAUUGGGCCAAAUGGUUCUGGCAAGUCCACCAUUGUUGCUGCUAUAGUUCUCGGUCUAGGAGGUAAACCAAAUAUCAUUGGUCGGGCACUUCAUAUUGGAGAAUAUGUAAAAUAUGGAUGUGAUUCAGCAAAAAUUGAAAUUCAUCUAAAGAACAACACUAGGAAAGAUUCCAUAGUAACUAGAAUUUUUACUAAUGAUGGAAAGUCCACAUGGCUUAUAAAUGGUAUUCAGUCAAGUUUAAAAGAUGUACUACAAUUUACAGCUAAACUAAAUAUUCAGGUUGACAAUUUAUGUCAAUUUCUACCACAAGAUAAAGUACAAGAUUUUUCAAAAAUGGAUGCUCAAGCAUUGUUAGAGAACACAGAAAGAUCUGUUGGAGAUCCAAAACUUUUCGAAUAUCACCAAAAAUUGAAAGAACAAAGAGCUAAUUUCAAGAAACUAGAAAUUGAUAUAAUUAAUACGAAACGAUUAUUAGAUUCAAAAAUUCAAAGGCGUGAUGGAUUGCAACAGACUGUUAUGACAAUAAAAGAAAGAAAGUUGAUAAAGAAAAAGAUUGUAACUUUAAAACAAAAAAAAGCAUGGAUGCUAUAUGAUCAAAUACGUAGAAGAUUACUAGAAGUCAAAAAAACUAGAGAUACGGCAAUAAAAGAAAUGCAAUCAAUAGACACAGAAUUAAAACCAUUAAAUAAAAAGAUUGAAAAAAUGAAAUCUGAUAUGACAAUGUUAAAAAGUUCCUUAAAUGAUCAUAACAAUAAAGUCUAUACUAAGAAUACAAAGUUGAAGAAUAUCAUGAACGAGAUUCUCAGUUGUGAAAAUAAAAUUAAAGAAGCUGAGAAUACUUGUUCACACAAGAUCCAAACCGAACAGAGUCGAGAUGAGAAUGUCAAUCUUGCGCAACAGCAGAAGUGCAAACUCGAGAACGAUUUUGCACUCAUGAUUAAUGAAAUUGGAUCAGAGGAAAACUUAACUGAACAAUUGAGAAAUAUAGCAAUUAAUAUGGAGGAGCAUAAACAAAGAGUUCAUAAUCUCACAAACAAAAAUGUUACAUUAAAAUAUGAAGAUGAAAACAUUGACCGUGAAAUGAGAGGUAUACAAGCGGAACUUCAAGCAUUGAAUAUCGAUGUGAAACGUUUAGAAGUAUUGAAGCAACGAGACCUGCAUGCAUAUAAAGCUGUACUUUGGUUAAAAGAGAAUCGAGAUAAAUUUUCAGCACCAGUUCAUUUACCCAUGUUGCUCAAUAUUAAUGUAAAAGAGGCUUCGUACGCCAAAUAUUUAGAAAAUAUAAUACGAUUUCGAGAUUUAAUUGCAUUUACAUGCGAAAAUAAACAGGAUAUGAAUCUGCUACUAAAAUAUUUGAGGGAUCAACAAAAAUUGCAAGUUAAUGUAUUACAUUCUGAUCCAAUGAAAAGAAUUUCUAUGCAACCACAUAUACCAAUAGAAAACAUCAAAAAGUUUGGCUUCAAACAUUAUUUGUCAGAACUUAUUGAAGUGCCGCCUUCCAUAAUGAAAUAUUUAAUCUCGAUGUAUCGCUUAAAUAAUAUUCCUAUUGGAACUAAAGAAGUCGAGAACAAUACAAACCAUAUACCUCGCAAUUUAAGUUGUUACUUCAGUGAAAACAAUAUUUACUCUGUGAAUACAUCUAAAUAUACACGUGAAAUAUCAGUUAGAAUAUCACGGAUCACUGGAAAUGGGAUGUUAUCUAUUGUUUUAGAUAAGUUGAAACUCCAGAAGCUUCAAGAACGAUUACAAAAUUUACAAGAAAAGAAAAGUCAAAUUUUAAUUCAAAUUAAAGAAAUAGAAGAUAAAAUACGCGAGGAAACUAAAGUGUUAGAUGAAUAUCGGAUCAACAGAAAUAAAUAUCAACAAAAUAUCCAGCACAUUCAAACAUUAAAAAGUAGAAUACACGUAGCUGCAGAUAAAAUCAAACAGAUGGAAAUGGGUCGAACGAGUAUUGAUGAUAUAAAAGCAGCGUGCACCAACGAGAUUAAGGCUGUUAUAAUGAAACAAUUAAAAAUGUACAAAGAAUAUAAUACAGUUCUAAAAGAAUGUUUCAACUGUAAUACGAGUAAUGUAGAAAUAAAAUUUGCAAUAACGUUACUACAACAGACUUUAACAGCUAAAGAAAACGAUGUCGAAGAAUUAAAUGAUAAAUUUACAACAGCGGAGGAGAUAUUUAAACAACAUGAUGAAGAAUUUCAGUCCUUAAAGAGAGAAACUGAAAGGUUAUAUAAAGAAGCAUUAGAAAUUACGAAUCAGAUUAGUCCACAAGAUAAUGCAUUUAAAUCUCUGAAUAAAGCUUUUGAAAAAUUACCCGCUACUAUAGCUGAAAUAAAUAACGAGUUGAAUAUUGCUCAAGCAAAAGUUUUUUGUAUGGCGAAAAACAUAGAUGCCGAAAAUAUAUUACGUGAAUAUGAAGAAAUGCAAAAUAAUAUUCAGAAAUUAACAGAUUUUGUCAAAAAUAAGACUAUUGUACUAGAAAAAAUGAAAACAGAGAUUGAAGAAUUAAAAGAAAAGUGGUUGCGACCGUUGGAGCAACUGAUUGAAAAGAUAAACACAAAUUUCAGCGCUUAUUUCUCCGCGAUGGACUGUGCUGGAGAAGUUACACUUUCGCAUGGUGAAAACAUCCUGGAUUUUGAUCAGUAUGGUUUAAAGAUUAAAGUAAAAUUCCGAGAUGCAGAUGAACUGCAAGAAUUAACGAGACAUUUUCAGAGUGGUGGCGAAAGAACCGUAACUACCGCUAUUUAUAUGAUAGCAUUGCAAGAAUUAUCACUUGUACCAUUUCGCUGUGUGGAUGAAAUUAAUCAGGGCAUGGAUGCAGUGAACGAAAGGCGAGUCUUUAAUUUACUCGUCAAAAUGACAGGAAGGCCAAGAAGCUCCCAAUACUUUUUGCUCACACCCAAACUUUUGCCUGAUUUAUCGUAUGCCGAGACAGUGACGGUCCAUUGUGUCUUUAAUGGAUCAGUUAACACGGAUGAAGAAAAAUUUGAUUUCGAUAUAGAGGACUAUUGCAAUCAUCUUGCGUUGUCAACUAAUUGAUAAAAAAAAA